AUGCAUGUACGAUAUUUACAGCACCAGGGCGCAGGUACGGUGCAGUUGCUGUUAAUGCCUGUUACUGUCGCAGCUCAGUGCAAACGGCCUAUGGAACAGUUGGCAAUUAAUGAUGAUGCUGAGAACGAAUUAGAAUCAGUGCCCUUACCGAUACAAACAUUUCUGUGGCGACAAACGAAUCCUUUUCUGGGAGCUAAAAUUGGAAAACUUCAUGAAGCAUCGUGUGUGACAUUUGAACGGGUCGUUGUGCAGAACAUUCUUCAUGGUCUCAGCCCUUCACUUUCUGAUGCCAUCAGUUCUGUUUCACGUUGGCGAUUUGUGCGCGCAGCAUUUCCUCACAUUGUGCAGUGUUGCGCUUCUUUACUGUCUGAAGCAGCUAAACGAGAAAAUGCACCUAUGAGUGGGUCGCUGGUAAAAAUGUUAUACAUUCUGCACUGGCUUCUUCUCGAUUCUGCUAAUGAAUGCAACGAUACUGAUAAUAAAAAGGUGUGGUUACUGAAAUUAUAA